GGCAUUUCUGCAAUCGAGGCUCCAGUUCGUAGGCCAAUUUUUGUAAAGAUUUGAAACUGGAGACAGAUACAGCCCGAAGAUAAGCAGAGCAACAGGAAAUUUACCGUUUUGCCUUCAGCAGAAAAGAAUAAAACAUGGAGUCAAAUGUUCUUUACAAUGUUCAUGUUGGGCUUGAAACACCUGGAGACCAGCCUCCUUCUUGUGUGGCAAAGGACUAUGGCUAUUAUCAUUAUUGUAUAGAUGGCUUCAAUGACGUUGGCUGGGGUUGUGGCUACAGAACUUUGCAGACUAUUUGUUCAUGGGUACACCUAUCAGUCUCUAUUGAGAAAAAGCCAGGUUUUACCAUACCAUCUGUGCAAGAAAUUCAAAGGAUUCUCAUAAACAUUGGUGAUAAAAAGGAUGAUUUUUUUGGUUCAAAGAGUUGGAUUGGAAGCUUUGAAGUCUGUCUUGUAUUGGAUCAAUUGUAUGAUAUACAGUCAAAAAUUGUCCAUAUACGACCAGGAUGUUUAAAUGUUAUAGAAACUGAGUUCUUGAAAGAUCAUUUUAUGAAUUUUAAAUCUCCGGUAAUGAUGGGUGGUGAUGUUGACAAUGCUUCUAAGUGUAUCCUUGGUAUAACUCAUAAUUCAAAACUCAGAGAAAGAGAAGUAUACCUGUUAGUGCUUGAUCCACACUUCACAACAGCUGGUGAAACCACAGCCAAAGAUCUACAAAGAGAUGGAUGGGUUUCCUGGAGAAGAUUAAGUGACUUCGAUCAGAACUCAUUUUAUAAUUUCUGUUUACCACAAGUUUCAGCAAUAUAAUACAAGAGACAAUUUUGAUAUUUUUCUCUCAGGCUUUUCUCGGGAUGUGUCUAGAUGCCACUUUCACAAGAUGUUGUCUAUCCAUAUCUGUGGAGGUGUUAAUAGAGUGGGAAAGUGAAAACAAUAGAUCUGUAAUUAAGAAUUUUUUAAUUAAGAAUUUAGCUAAAAGAGCACUGUGAAAUACUUCUGAAUGGUCACACCAGCCCAAACUUGUAUAUGAGUUUUCUGUAUGAUCUAUUUAUGAGCCAGGCAAAAAUAUAAAUUAACCAAACUUAAGCUUUUAACUACCCAUAUCCGAAACAGUUUUAGCACAUCUAAGGACGAUUUGUAGCCAUUUUAGAAAAAGUGACCCAACUUCUCAUAACUGAAUUGUUUGAUAUUAUUACUUCUUUCCCAAAAGGGUUUCUUGCAUAAAUGCUUGCUACCCUCGUUACUUUUUUACCUUAUUGGUAACUUCUAAAGAGAUGACGAGAGUACCAGAAAAUUUCAAUUUUUUCAAAGAUCAAAAGGCAGUAAAUUUAUUCUUUUCAAUAUUAUUUAAUAUGUUAGUUACAAUAUUUCCAUUUCACCUAAAGCUGCUAUUAAUCUGAAUUUUUUUCUAUCAGAUAUCUUUGAUAGCUUGUUUGGCAUUUUAUGGUUAGGCAAUGAUAAAAACUAAAGACUUUAUGUUCUUGAGGUUCGAAACUCAGAUGCUUUUUAAAUAUUAGUUCACCAGAAUGGCAAGAUUUUAGGCACCACCUCGACUGUAAAGAAGGAGGGUAAUUUAAAUACGGCACAGUGACAAAGAAACCAUCAGAAAUGACAAAAUCAAAUUUCCCUGAAAAAGGCAAUACCUUGUGUAGUCAGUGGUAAUGUCAAGAGUGGGUGGGGAUAAUUUUCCCAGUCUAUCUUUACCAAACUGUAGGCUACCUAAUUCAUCUAACAAUAAUUGAAAAUUUAUUGGGUUGGUCUUUCAGCAUGUUUAGAAGAAAGAAGCACUGAAAUGUUACAUAAAGUGACAUACUCUUAAGUUAAACAUUAAAAGAGCAUAGUCUAAAAAUUUUGUUAUUUUCAUUCCUAUAUAUUAUAACUUUUUAGUAUGGGGUGUGGAACCAAGGCGUAACCUCUCAGUACUUGCUAAUACUGACUGUGACAUUGCAAUUUUCGUUAAAGGAUUGGAACUGUUAAAUAUCUAAAAUCAUAGUCAAUAGACUUAACUAACUUGAAUUGUUUUGUUGGUCAUUGAAAGGGAUAAAGUUGCCAUCUAGUGCUUAUCGAUUUGUUCUUACAGUGUCUAUCU